AUGAAUGCCGCAGCCGAAGGCGACAAGGCCUCUGCCGAGUCCAACUACACCCUUGCCAUCCAACACUACACCCGCGCAUUGAGCGAGCUACCCCGCGCUCCAACAUACUACAUUUCGCGCUCAACUGCCUUUUCACGCCUUAAGUCCGCAGAUGGCGGGCCCAACUACCAGGCCGCUCUCAACGAUGCCGAAAUCGCCCUCCACCUCGCCAGAGAGCGAGGAAAACGCGAACUGAUGAUCUCAGCGCAGAUGCGCCGCGCUGUGUCCCUGUAUCAGCUUGAGCGGUACGGGGAUGCAGAAUUCGUGUUUGGGAUUAUCACGCAGAAGACCAAGACUGGCGAGGAGCCUGAAAACAAAUCGGAGAAGGUACAGGCUGCCAUGGGAGGAUCGGGAUCCAAGAACAAUUACACUGCCCAGUUGCCCAUUUGGACGGCCAAAAUCCAACGGAAGUUGGCUGAAAUCCCUGAGGAUGAUGCGAAGCGCGCAGUUUCUGUUACUGAGUUCCCAUCCUCCACACAUGUUCCGACUGGGGAGGAGGUGAAGGCUGAGUGGGAGGCUCUCAAGGCUGGAAAGAGCGCGGGUGGAACCUCGCAGCAGGCGACACCGGCAGCAUCUGUUCCGGCCACUUCCUCUACUUCCCAAAGUCAAAGUGCGAACAUCAGUGCCCCGGCUUCUUCUGCUGCUCCGGAGAAGGUCCGUCACGAGUGGUAUCAAUCCCCAAACUCUGUGGUUGUGACGCUUUACGUCAAGGGAAUCGCAAAGGACAGUGUCGCGAUCGAUCUGAAAGAGGAUUCGGUUUCGUUGCAAUUCCCUCUCCCAUCUGGUUCUGAAUACGAUUACACACUCGACCCGCUUUACGCGAACAUCAAUCCGUCCGAGUCCAAGGUCUCAGUCAUGGGUACCAAGAUUGAAAUCACGCUGCAAAAACAAAAGGCUGGCCAGAAAUGGGGUUCUCUCGAAGGCUCAUUGACUAAACCCACCGAGAUUGCCGACCGUCCGGCCCCGCAGAAAGCACCAGCUCCCUCAGGCCCUUCGUAUCCCACAUCAUCCCGUCAUGGCGCCAAGGAUUGGGACAAAGUAGCAUCCUCUCUUACCAAGAAGGAAUCACAGGGUAACGGAACCACGGCUGAUGAAUCCGAUGAUGAGGGCGGUGAUGCUGUUGAUGGCUUUUUCAAAAAGCUGUAUGCUGGCGCCGACCCUGAAACACGUCGCGCUAUGAUCAAAAGCUACACUGAAAGCCAAGGAACUGCCUUGAGCACGAACUGGUCUGAAGUUGGGAAGGGCAAGGUGGAGCCUCAUUCGGAAUAG